AUGGGGUCAGAAUGCUCGUAUGAUCGAGGGCUUUUCGAUGGAUCUAUCGGCGGGUUCUUAUUCGAAAAAUCGAGCGAGUUCGUGGUGGAGCGGUUAAAGCUCGGAUUGACUGAAGAGUCUCUCAAUUCUUCACAAGAGAAGAGAGAGAAGAGAGAGAAGAAGCCUGCACAACUACUCUCUAUAACACUGAGAGUCAACACUCUGAAGAUCUCUGUGAGAAUCCUUGAAAAGAGUAUCUAUAACCUGAAGAAUUUGCAGGCUUUGAGAAGCAUUAUGAAAGACCUGAUGCAAGAAGAAACAGAGUAUAAGUCUUUAUAA